CCACGGCUCCCUAGACAGGCGUCCAAAAGCACCCGCGAGGGGCAGAGAGCAUCGUUUCUGCGGCCGAGACGCCCAGAGGGCGACGGGACAGCCAGCAGCAUGGUGAAGGAGCAGUUCCGAGAGACGGAUGUGGCCAAGAAAAUAAGCCACAUCUGUUUUGGGAUGAAGUCCCCAGAAGAGAUGCGCCAGCAGGCGCACAUCCAGGUGGUGAGCAAGAACCUCUACAGCCAGGACAACAACCACGCCCCGCUGCUGCACGGGGUGCUGGACCACAGGAUGGGUACAAGUGAGAAGGACCGGCCUUGUGAGACCUGUGGGAAGAACCUGGCCGACUGCCUGGGCCACUACGGAUACAUUGACCUGGAGCUGCCGUGUUUCCAUGUGGGCUACUUCCGGGCCAUCAUCGGCAUCUUACAGAUGAUCUGCAAGACCUGUUGCCACAUCCUGCUGUCCAAGGACGAGAGGCAGCAGUUCCUGGACCACCUGAGGCGGCCCGGCCUGACCUACCUGCAGAAGCGGGGCCUGCGGAAGAAGGUGUCGGACAGGUGCCGGAAGAAGAGCGUGUGCCUGCACUGCGGGGCCUUCAACGGGACAGUGAAGAAGUGCGGCCUCCUGAAGAUCAUCCACGAGAAAUACAAGACCAACAAGAAAGUGGUGGACCCCAUGGUGUCCUGCUUCCUGCAGUCCUUCGAGACAGCCAUUGAGCAUAACAAGGAAGUGGAGCCGCUGCUGGGGCGGGCACAGGAAAACCUGAAUCCCCUGACGGUGCUGAGCUUAUUCAGGAGGAUCCCAGCAGAAGAUAUCCCCCUGCUGCUCAUGAACCCCGACGCUGGGAAGCCCUCGGACCUGAUCCUCACCCGGCUGCUGGUGCCGCCCCUGUGCAUCCGGCCCUCCGUGGUGAGCGACUUGAAGUCCGGCACCAACGAGGACGACCUGACCAUGAAGCUGACCGAGAUCAUCUUCCUGAACGACGUGAUUAAGAAGCACCGCAUCUCCGGAGCCAAGACGCAGAUGAUCAUGGAGGACUGGGAUUUCCUGCAGCUGCAGUGCGCACUCUACAUCAACAGCGAGCUCUCGGGCAUCCCCCUGAACAUGGCGCCCAAGAAGUGGACCCGCGGCUUCGUCCAGCGCCUGAAGGGGAAGCAGGGUCGGUUCAGAGGCAACCUCUCCGGGAAGAGGGUGGAUUUCUCUGGCAGAACGGUCAUCUCACCAGACCCCAACCUCCGGAUCGACGAGGUCGCCGUCCCAGUCCACGUGGCCAAAAUUCUUACUUUUCCUGAGAAGGUGAACAAAGCUAACAUCAACUUUUUAAGGAAACUGGUUCGAAAUGGCCCUGAAGUUCACCCGGGAGCCAACUUCAUCCAGCAGAGAUACACACAGAUGAAAAGGUUUCUGAAGUACGGGAACCGGGAGAAGAUGGCCCAGGAGCUCAAGUAUGGGGACGUCGUGGAGCGGCACCUCAUCGACGGCGACGUGGUGCUCUUCAACCGGCAGCCCUCGCUGCACAAGCUGAGCAUCAUGGCGCACCUGGCCAGGGUAAAACCCCACCGCACCUUCCGGUUCAAUGAGUGUGUCUGCACCCCAUAUAAUGCUGACUUCGACGGCGAUGAGAUGAACCUUCACCUUCCCCAGACAGAAGAAGCCAAAGCCGAGGCCCUGGUUCUCAUGGGGACAAAAGCAAAUCUCGUGACCCCCAGGAACGGGGAGCCGCUCAUCGCUGCGAUUCAGGAUUUUCUAACAGGAGCCUACCUGCUGACACUCAAGGACACGUUCUUCGAUCGAGCCAAGGCUUGCCAGAUAAUCGCUUCCAUAUUGGUGGGCAAGGAUGAGAAAAUCAAAGUCCGUCUCCCUCACCCUGCCAUCCUGAAGCCCGUCACCCUGUGGACUGGAAAGCAGAUCUUCAGCGUCAUCCUCAGACCCAGCGAGGACAAUCCAGUGAGAGCCAACCUCCGAACCAAGGGCAAGCAGUACUGCGGCAGGGGGGAGGACCUGUGCACCAACGAUUCCUACGUCACCAUCCAGAACAGUGAGCUGGUGUGCGGCAGCAUGGACAAGGGGACCCUGGGCUCAGGCUCCAAGAACAACAUCUUCUACAUCCUGCUGCGGGACUGGGGGCAGAAUGAGGCCGCCGACGCCAUGUCCCGGCUCGCCAGGCUGGCCCCCGUCUACCUGUCUAAUCGGGGCUUCUCGAUCGGCAUUGGGGACGUCACCCCGGGCCAGGGCCUGCUGAAGGCCAAGCACGAGCUCCUGGAUGCCGGCUACAAGAAGUGCGACGAGUACAUCGAGGCUCUGAACACAGGCAAGCUGCAGCAGCAGCCCGGCUGCACCGCCGAGGAGACGCUGGAGGCCCUGAUCCUGAAGGAGCUGUCAGUGAUCCGUGACCACGCGGGCAGCGCCUGUCUCCGCGAGCUGGACAAGAGCAACAGCCCCCUCACCAUGGCGCUGUGCGGCUCCAAAGGUUCCUUCAUUAACAUAUCACAGAUGAUCGCCUGUGUGGGACAGCAGGCCAUCAGCGGCUCCCGUGUGCCAGACGGCUUUGAAAACAGGUCCUUGCCUCACUUUGAGAAACACUCGAAGCUCCCAGCUGCCAAAGGCUUUGUGGCCAACAGCUUUUAUUCUGGUUUGACACCAACCGAGUUUUUCUUCCACACCAUGGCUGGGCGGGAGGGCCUAGUGGACACCGCCGUGAAGACAGCAGAAACCGGAUACAUGCAGAGACGGCUUGUCAAGUCCCUCGAAGACCUCUGCUCCCAGUACGACCUGACGGUCCGCAGCUCCACCGGCGACAUCAUCCAGUUCAUUUAUGGGGGCGACGGCUUAGACCCUGCAGCCAUGGAGGGAAAGGAUGAGCCCCUGGAGUUUAGGAGGGUCCUGGACAACAUCAGAGCCGUCUACUUGUGUCCCAGCGAGCCUGCGCUCAGCAAGCACGAGCUGGCCCUGACCACCGAGGCCAUCAUGAAGAAGGACGAGUUCCUGUGCUGCCGGGACAGCUUCCUGCAGGAAAUAAAAAAAUUCAUUAAGGGAGUUUCUGAGAAGAUCAAGAAAACCAGAGAUAAGUACGGCAUCAACGAUAACGGCACAACAGAGCCCCGAGUGUUGUACCAGCUGGACCGGAUCACGCCCACCCAGCUAGAGAAGUUCCUGGAGACCUGCAAGGACAAGUACAUGAGGGCACAGAUGGAGCCGGGCUCUGCCGUGGGCGCCCUGUGCGCACAGAGCAUAGGCGAGCCGGGCACCCAGAUGACCCUGAAGACUUUCCACUUCGCGGGCGUGGCCUCCAUGAACAUCACCCUGGGCGUGCCCCGGAUCAAGGAGAUCAUCAACGCCUCCAAGGCCAUCAGCACCCCAAUUAUUACGGCCCAGCUAGACAAGGACGAGGAUGCUGAUUACGCCCGCCUGGUGAAAGGCAGGAUUGAGAAGACCCUCCUGGGGGAGAUCUCCGAGUACAUCGAAGAAGUGUUCCUCCCUGACGACUGCUUCAUCCUGGUCAAGCUGUCCCUGGAGCGGAUCCGGCUUCUGCGCCUGGAGGUGAAUGCCGAGUCCGUGCGCUACUCCAUCUGCACCUCCAAGCUGCGCGUGAAGCCCGGCGACGUGGCCGUGCACGGCGAGGCUGUGGUGUGCGUCACCCCCCGGGAGAGCAGCAAGAGCUCCAUGUACUACGUGCUGCAGUUCCUGAAAGAGGAGCUCCCCAAGGUGGUGGUACAGGGCAUCCCUGAGGUGUCCAGAGCCGUCAUCCACAUCGAUGAGCAGAGCGGGAAGGAGAAAUACAAGCUGCUGGUGGAGGGCGACAACCUGCGGGCGGUCAUGGCCACCCACGGUGUGAAGGGCACUCGGACGAGCUCCAACAACACCUACGAGGUGGAGAAGACGCUGGGCAUCGAGGCGGCGCGGACAACCAUCAUCAACGAGAUCCAGUACACGAUGGUCAACCAUGGCAUGAGCAUCGACCGCAGGCAUGUGAUGCUGCUGUCCGACCUCAUGACCUAUAAGGGUGAGGUCCUGGGCAUCACCAGGUUCGGCCUGGCCAAGAUGAAGGAGAGUGUGCUGAUGCUGGCAUCCUUCGAGAAGACGGCCGACCACCUCUUCGACGCGGCCUACUUUGGGCAGAAGGACUCCGUGUGCGGGGUGUCCGAGUGCAUCAUCAUGGGGAUCCCCAUGAGCAUCGGGACCGGGCUCUUCAAGCUGCUGCACAGGGCCAACAGGGACCCCAGCCCUCCCCGGAGACCCCUCAUCUUCGACACGAGCGAGUUCCACAUCCCCCUGGUCACAUAGUCCCCACUCCACUCCUUCCUGUGGGCGGCUGACACGGAAGCCCCGAGGCCCUGGCGUCCCAGAGCAGCUCCUCGGCUGGGACGUUCAUGCCGAGCAUCUUGGGAUCGGGCUUGGGUCUGGCUGUUUGUUACCUGACUUUGGGGCCUUGGUGCCUUCCAAGAUCCACAAUGAAGGCCCCACAGCCUCCCCACCCCUUCUGUCAGUCAGAGACCCUGCCUGAGCCCUUGAGGGCUGGGACACUGUUCAGCUUUCCCACCCCUGUCAUGCUGGAAUUGUCCCGUGAUGUCCUGGUGUAAGUAUGUUGUUACUUAUUUUUUGCACUGGAGGAUUUGGGGUUUUGUUGUUGUGUUUCACCUUGGAAUCAAAAAAGCCAGAGAAACCAAGAAAGCCAACAUGGCGUGGCACUGAGAGACCAAGACAUGUAGAAUCUGUCACUGAGCUGCAACACUCAGGUUUGAAGCCUGGCUGCCCUGUGGCGUCACCUCCCUGUCACCCCACAGGAGCUGUCUGACAAGAGCCAGGCCCAUCCUCCAAGCCCGCUGAGAUGGGGAUCCGAUGGCAGGGACCUUGACGUUGUUCGGGUGACUGGCACCGGGUCCAGGCCCUGUGCCACCCGGUGCCAGCCUCCCUGCCCUGCUGAGGGGUCUGCCUGUCUGUUACCAGUGAGCGCACAGGGCUGGUGGGCGGCAGCUGGGGCUGGGUGCACCCUGCUGGCCUCCACAGGCUCCUGAAAGAGCCAAGCCCCUGUGAGAACAGGCAGCUGCGCCUGCGCUGGAGGAGGAGGCGCCAGGAUCCCUGGAGGACCCGUACCUGAUCCUCUCGCAGUGCUGCCCGCACCCCUGCUGGAUCUCACACGACGCCGGAGGGCGUGCCGAGCCCGUGUGUGCUCUGUGCUGAAUUGUGGGCUUCACAAGCACGGGACAGUGACUUCAGCUGCCCUCCCUGUGAGGAGCAUCCUCGGCCGCCC